CAAGAGAUUCAUAAAUGUUUCGAAGCUUCACGUUUCGCGAGCGUCAGUGUCGUCGCCAUAUUGGACCGGGCAACUCACUCUCUCUGGAGAUACAAAAAUGCCUGAUUCAUGUGUUGCUUGGGGCUGUAAAAACCGCCGCACAACCCUGACCAAAUCCCGGGGAAUUACCUUUCACAAGUUUCCUAAAGGUAAAGCGCUGAGGAAGCAGUGGGAAAUUGCCCUAAGAAGGAAAGGUUUUUCCGUCAGUGAUUCCUCUGUGCUAUGCAGUGAGCACUUCAGGGAGCAGGACUUGGACAGGACAGGUCAGACUGUCAGGGUCAGAGAUGGAGCUAAACCAUCUGUAUUCAAUUUCCCGGCUCAUCUACAAAGACCAGUGUCAACCAGGAAAACAAGAACCUCAAGGAAGGCUGAAGAGAGCCUGUCAGUAGACUGUUCUCUGCAGUUACAAGAGACUAAACCUCUGCCUAACGUUGACCACUCCUAUGCAUUGCCAGCAGAUCCCACUGGUCUAAAGGCCAGACUCAGUGAAGCCUUGGCUAGAGUGGAGAGUCUGGAGAGGGACAUGAGGAACGUGAAAAAACGAGAACAAAGGGCAAAGAACAUAGUGCUUGCUCUUCUACAGGAUCUGAGUGGAAAGAACCUCAUAGAUGAAGAGCUGGAACACAAGCUCAAUUUCUACUCGGGGAAAAUUAAAAUUCUAUAAAAUGUUGAACUUUAUGUAUAUCUCAUGUUUGCAUCUUUCCAUGUUUCUAUAAAUUCCCGGUUAUUAUUUCAAAGGGAAUUUAAGGAUUUGUCUGUGCUUACUGAAUUUCAAAUCUUCUGAUUGACCAAACUCUCCACAUACAUGGUCCAAAAGCAUUCAACUGUCUAAGAGAAUCUUUUCUUUCUUGACCUCCCAAAAAAAGUUUUUUUUUUUUUUUUUUUUUUUGAGUCUGGUGUAAUUUGACAGAAUUCUGCUUCAUUUUUACAAAGGUGGAUGCCAAGCCACAACAUUAUGUUAGAUAUGUUUAUAUGUAUAUGUGAUAUUGAUAUGUAGUUUGAUAGUAAAACACUUGCAAAGUCAUCGGACUUUCUUUAAUGUCGCGUGUAUUCAUUUCUCAAAUGAACAUUUUAUUUGUGACAUAAUUUGUAAGCCAUGUCUUAUGCAUGCAUUUCACUUUUGUGUUUUUCUAAUUAUGUGUGAAUGGAUAAGUAUGAAUAAAUCUCUAUUGUAAUAAAUA